GGUCGGGCCCGCCCUCAGCGCGCCCCGCGGCCCCGGCGGAAGGAGCGGCCCGGCCCCUCCUCGCCGCCUGCUUCCGCCCGGUGUCGGCAGAGACAGCGCCGGCCGCCGCCGUGCCGGGAGCCGGGGAGCCUGCCAACGGGGAAGGUGUUGUAUACUCCUGGCCCUCUGGGACGUUAUGGUGCCCAGUUAAGGUCUGAGAGUCCAUCCACAUGGGCCUGUGUCAGAAUCUGGAUAUGAAUCUGAUUUCUGUGUGCCUCAGAGACUAGAAGCCUUCAAUUACUAAUUGUGAUUAUUGCAGCUUCCUAUUUUCUUGUGACACUUGCUUAUGAUGUCAAUGAGGGAAGUGGUCACACGUUUACAGACCUGGCAAACAUGAGUUCGGGGUCAGAAGAGCCAGUCCCCUUACAUGAAGAAUUUAUCUACUGCUGUGGAGCUGCUACCCAUGUCUUAAAGUGUGGGCCCUGGAAAGACCUCUCAAAAGAUGAAAGUAAAAAUCUGCCCAGGCUCUUGUUCAUGAUUAUUCCUGGUAACCCUGGACUGGCAGGUUAUUACAGGACCUUUAUACAGGCCCUUUAUUGUGGACUGAACCAGCAGUAUCCCGUCUGGGUUGUGAGCCACGCUGGGCACUGUAAACCUCCAAGUGGGAUGGAAAUGAUUGAAGACACAGAUAUUAAGGAGCUAGAGGAUGUUUUUGGACUUAACGGACAAGUAGAGCAUAAGCUGAACUUCCUCAAAAAGAAUGUAUCAAAAGAUAUAAAGCUGGUACUGAUUGCUCAUUCUAUUGGUUGCUACAUCACCCUGGAGAUGAUGAAACGAGCAUCAGAACUUCAGGUUCUGCGCUCCGUGCUGCUGUUCCCGACCAUCGAGCGCAUGGCUCAGUCCCCCCAGGGGAAGCUCAUGACCCCGCUGCUGUGCAAGCUCCGCUACGCUCUGUACAUGCCCGUGUACCUGCUGUCCUUCCUCCCCGAGGGAGUCAAGGCCUCCCUGGUGAGGUUUGCACUGCGGGGGAUGAAGACCUGUGAUGAGUCUUCAAUAACAACCUCCAUAAAUCUCUUCAGUGUCGACUGCAUUGCCAACAUCUUGUACAUGGCAAGCCAAGAAAUGAUGAAGGUGGUGGAGAGAGACAGUACAACCAUAAAGCAAAAUUUAAAGAAGCUGAUUUUUUACUAUGGAACUGGAGACAGCUGGUGUCCACAGCACUACUACGAUGAGAUCAAAAUGGAUUUUCCAGACGGGGACAUUCGGCUCUGUGAGAAGGGGCUCCGCCAUGCCUUCGUGCUUGAUGCCAGCAAGGAGAUGGCUGCCAUGAUCACAGACUGGCUACAGGAUGAUCUGACCAAAUUAUAAACACUAAUUCAGUGAUCAACAAGAAAAUGAUGUAAUUAUUUUGUGAACGUGUAAUUUUUUUUUUUUUGUGAGAGAGUCUGUCUUAUUUUUUUUAUGUUUACUAUAGAUUAUAGCUUGUUUUCUAUUGA